ACUUCUGACCCAUAUAAAUCCCCACCGCAACUAAAUCUGUCCUUCCUCUGCCACGACGUGGAGACAGCAACUCCGUCCAUCCCCCAUAUAUUAAAGAAAACCAACCACCAAAAUGACUACGGCACAACCUAUAUUUUCACAGGGAGAAGACUGCAAAGCUGGUUGGCACGACGCUGGUGCUGGUUACAAUGAAACGGACACUCAUCUGGAGAUUUUGGGCAAGCCCGUUAUGGAACGUUGGGAGACUCCGUACAUGCACUCGCUGGCAACUGUAGCCUCCUCAAAAGGUAUAACACACAAUGUGCAAGCUAGUGGUCCAUAUGAACGCACUGGGACGACUAGACAGUAUGGAUUUUGGAACUCUAUGAUAGUUUAUAGUUCCAUAAUAACAUUUUACCUGACUGUAAUUAAUUUUCCUUGCAAAUGUAUAAAAACAAAUAGACCGUAAAGGACAGCCUAUUUGCCUAUAACCUAAUCAAUGGCUACACUUCAUUCAGCGCUGUAGGAUAAUCAAUACAGACGAUUACACUCAAUCAGCAGACAUUAGGAAAAGUUAAUGAAACCAAUGCGUUUACAUUUUAUAUGCGACGUUCCUCCCAAUGCACGUGAAGUUUAAAAGCAUGGUGGAGUUGGAUAUAAUGGCUUGUGGUUGCAGCAGGUGUUACUCUACACAUGGAACCGUGCCGAGUGCGCACUUGCUGGGGAGUGCCAAUAAUUUAUCACGGCAUGCCAUUCAAUAAGUUUCAUGAUGAUCACUGAUCCUUUUUUUAAAAGAUACAUUAGGCUACGUUAAAGUUGCGUAAACGUUUGGAGUUUUUUGGUCACUCAAGUCACCAUAGCACCCAUGGGCCUGAAUGGAGGAAUGCGGUCCAUUGAGAACAGUUGUUUGGUUGUAAAUACAAUAUGACCAGUUUUAGUAAAUAGGGUAUUAUUUUGUCAUUGUAUCUUUGGUGGCAAUUUGACAGUUGAUAACAGAGUAGUAGCCUAAAGGGCGAGGCAAAACCAAAUGGUAUUCUUCUAACCUAUUUUUACACAUUACUGAAAGACUACUCUGUGUAACUCCUUCAAGUGGCAUGUGGCCUAUCUAUCACGUGCCUUCCCCCCAAACAUUCCUUUGAGAUCCCUCAAAUAACAAACAAAAGUCGUGCAUUAUUAGUUUUGCUUUUCGUGAAAGGUGCCACAGCACUAGAAAAGUGGAAAACACUUCAAUACAGGUAGAUACAUAAACUUAAACACCAAUUGAGAUGCUUGUUCCGCUUUGUCCCACAGGUGGACGGGUUCUGGAGAUUGGGUUUGGCAUGGCCAUCGCCGCAACUAAAGUAGAGUCCUUCCCCAUCGAGGAGCACUGGAUCAUUGAGUGCAAUGAUGGAGUGUUCGCGAGAUUGCAGGAGUGGGCCAAGGCUCAGCCACAUAAAGUGAGACAGAUUUUCAACUUCACCUUAGGUUCUAUUCAGACUUUUCCCUUCUUUUAAUGUGAACGAAAUGGACCUAAAUUCUUCUCCACUCACAGAUUGUGCCCCUCAAAGGACUGUGGGAGGAGGUAGUGGGCGGCCUGCCUGACAACCACUUUGAUGGUAAGUUUGAAAAUGCAUUCUAUUGGCGUAUCCAUUAUUGAAUAUUUGUAUUCUUCAGCGAGUAAAUUGCUUCAGAUAUGUAAAUAUGUAAUUGUAAUUAUGCCUCUUCUAUCAAAGGCAUUCUGUACGACACAUACCCUCUGUCAGAAGACACAUGGCACACUCACCAGUUUGACUUCAUCAAGGUAAGUACAACACUUUGAGGACCAAGGCUGCACAUUACGAACAUAUCAGCAAAAGAUCCUGUAUUAAAGACUAUAAAACACACAAAUGUUUGGUAUCAUAUACAGUGAAGGAAAAAAGUAUUUGAUCCCCUGCUGAUUUUGUACGUUUGCCCACUGACAAAGAAAUGAUCAGUCUAUCAUUUUAAUGGUAGGUUAAUUUGAACAGUGAGAGACAGAAUAACAACAACAAAAAUCCAGAAAAACGCAUGUCAAAAAUGUUAUAAAUUGAUUUGCAUUUUAAUGAGGGAAAUCAAUUUAAUGAGGGAAAGUAUUUGACCCCCUCUCAAUCAGAAAGAUUUCUGGCUCCCAGGUGUCUUUUAUACAGGUAACGAGCUGAGAUUAGGAGCACACUCUUAAAGGGAGUGCUCCUAAUCUCAGCUUGUUACCUGUAUAAAAGACACCUGUCCACAGAAGCAAUCAAUCAAUCAGAUUACAAACUCUCCACCAUGGCCAAGACCAAAGAGCUCUCCAAGGAUGUCAAUUGGUAACACACUACGCCAUGAAGGACUGAAAUCCUGCAGCGCCCGCAAGGUCCCCCUGCUCAAGAAAGCACAUAUACAGGCCGUCUGAAGUUUGCCAAUGAACAUCUGAAUGAUUCAGAGGAGAACUGGGUGAAAGUGUUGUGGUCAGAUGAAACCAAAAUCGAGCUCUUUGGCAUCAACUCAACUCGCCGUGUUUGGAGGAGGAGGAAUGCUGCCUAUGACCCCAAGAACACCAUCCCCACCGUCAAACAUGGAGGUGGAAACAUUAUGCUUUGGGGGUGUUUUUCUGCUAAGGGGACAGGACAACUUCACCGCAUCAAAGGGAUGAUGGACGGGGACAUGUACCGUCAAAUCUUGGGUGAAAACCUCCUUCCAUUGAAAAUGGGUCGUGGAUGGGUAUUCCAGCAUGACAAUGACCCAAAACACACGGCCAAGGCAACAAAGGAGUGGCUCAAGAAGCAGCACAUUAAGGUCCUGGAGUGGCCUAGCCAGUCUCCAGACCUUAUUCCCAUAGAAAAUCUGUGGAGGGAGCUGAAGGUUCAAGUUGCCAAACGUCAGCCUCAAAACCUUAAUGACUUGGAGAAGAUCUGCAAAGAGGAGUGGGACAAAAUCCCUCCUGAGAUGUGUGCAAACCUGGUGGCCAACUACAAGAAACGUCUGACCUCUGUGAUUGCCAACAAGGGUUUUGCCACCAAGUACUAAGUCAUGUUUUGCGCAGAGGGGUCAAAUACUUAUUUCCCUCAUUAAAAUGCAAAUCAAUUUAAUAAAAAUUUUUGACAUGCGUUUUUCUGGAUUUCUUUGUUGUUAUUCUGUCUCUCACUGUUCAAAUAAACCUACCAUUAAAAUUAUAGACUGAUUAUGUCUUUGUCAGUGGGCAAACUUCCAAAAUCAGCAGGGGAUCAAAUACUUUUUUCCCUCCCUGUAUAAUAUCAUAGCUGUAUCCAACGUAAACAUAUGGCAGACGUCUACAGAAAUGAAUCCAAAUACAAUACGUUUCUGAUCCCUAUCACUUGAAACAAACAUUGCCUUUCGUUCCACAAUGACACGCUAACGUUUCCAUUAAUAGUACAAUUGUUUGUUGUGUCUCUAUAGGGCCAUGCCCACAGGCUGCUGAAGCCCAGUGGCGUUCUCACCUACUGUAACCUGACCUCUUGGGGUGAACUUCUCAAGACCAAAUAUGACAACAUCGACAACAUGUUCCAGGUGAGCCGCCUUUCAGCCAGUCAAUGAUCAACACCUAAUCUCUCUAUGAGGUGCUUGGGUAGGCUACACAUGUGCCUUCUCGGGCUCGACACAUUUAAUUUCGUAGCACGUAUUCUCCCCUUCUGCCAGAUAGUACUUACAGGUAGAUCACUGAUAGUUACUGUGGUAUAACUUGUAAUUUCAAUUAAUUAUUAUUAUGUCCAUAGCUACAGUACUAACUAAUUUGCCUGCUGCAUGUUUCCACCCUUUCUUUACAGUACAUCAAAAUACACUUGAUCACAAAUGUUCUAUUAUUUUAUUGCAAAACUAUGUAAAUCAAAUUCACAACCUGAUUGAUUCCACUCCUGUGUGGAGUGAAGUGAUUAGCCUAUGUAUUUGGUUUACUCACUUCAGUACCAUACUUAUACAGUAAUUGGUUUAGUUUGUCUAUCUACUAAUACCCUUUUUAAUGCACUUGGUCCUGGCACUGUUAGAAAAUGUGUCCUCAAUUACCUUUCUUGGCUAAACAAAGGUUAAUGAUAAAUUGGACCUGAACUGCAACUGUGUAGCCCUUUACACUCACAGCCAGUCAUCCUGUAUACGGGUUGAAAAUGGCAGAUUUGGUCACUGAUAAGUGGCUAAAUUGGAACUCAGUGGCUGUACAGUAACAUACUAUAUAUGACGUCAGAGCUCAGGCUCUUCACUUUACAGCACUUUAUGGGAUUCAACUGACAGCCGUUCUAAGCAUGUGAACCACACACAACAAAAAGAUGCCCCCAUUUUUUUGUUGUUUGAGUGAGGGGAAUGCUGUAAAUUGAGAGGAGUUGAUGUGUUCUGAAAGAUGAGAUGUUGAGGAUUAUAAUAAAUACCACUUUGAUGUCGUACAAGCAAACCACACACCUAUAAGUCCAAACUCAUGUCAUUUUAAAGUAUCAACAUUUAGGAUCGAUAUGUUUGAUGUACAGUUACAAAGAUGAUAUGCGUCAUACCCUGGGUUGUCCUGAACAGAAUUAACCUGUGUCGUAUUGUGAAGAGAAUUUGUCAAGAACAUGCACUUGAAUGCACUCAUGACUCCAUUUUUUGCGCACCAAAAUUACUAUCUGUUUGUCUUAAGUGCCUUGUGAAAGCCUAACACCGUAAGAUCCUAUUUUAUAACUUAGCUAGUCAUGUUGGCAAUAGAAUAAGCUUUCAAAUUAUGCUCACCUGACCCAGAUUGCGAUUUAUAAUGGAACGUUUUUGGAUUGUGUAAACAACAACAGUAAUUGUGUAAUUUUGGGAGUAUGCUUGCUUCAGUUCCUCAAUGGCAAAGCUAGGAGAGCUCAAACAAGCAUCUUAUAGUUGAAGGCUCUUUCCAUGAGUCAUAAAAGUGCAUUGAAAUUACUUAGGAACUGUGCACAGUUUGGACAGGUGUGUCCACUUGGAGACACCAGUUAAACCUCUCACUCAAACCCUUGUAAUAAUUUUUUGUUAUGUUGCAGCUACCCCAAAAUUGCCAUGAAUAUUCUUAUGUUACUGAAUGUGUCCAGAGUAUUUUCAGAUUUCGUUGACAAAUGCUGCGAAAAGUACAGUAAAUGUAAAAUGCAUAUCAAAUCAACAGUUUAAUGUUUGGAUUCAGUCUUGUGACAGGUGAACUAUUGUGUCCUCACCUUUGGUCUGAUCAUUUCCCCAUAAUCUCCAAAGUGUUCUCUUUCAAUUGCUUCCAUGGUCAUGCAUAUGCUUUUUAUGUUUCUUCGGUUAGAAACAUUUCAAUUUGGCACUAUUCACAUAGGCCAAUUUCCACGAGUGUAAAGGGUUAAAAGGCCCAUAAUGUGUGAUGCAGGUCCACGAUACUGACCAGAUCUUUGUGUUAAUAAUUUUCAGGAGACCCAGAUGCCUCAACUGCUCGAGGCUGGCUUCAAGAAGGAGAUGAUUAGCACCACAACCAUGGAUAUUGUCCCCCCAAGCGAAUGCAAAUACUAUGCCUUCCGCAAGAUGAUUACUCCCACCAUUCUGAAAGAGUGAAAUGGCUUGAUGCCACUGCAAUGUUUUUAUUCCUUUUAUUCUCAAGUGCCUGUAUUUUAAAAAGCCACAUUAGUUUACUGUCAAAAAUCCAUAAGCAUUCAGGGAUGUCCAUCUUUCAAUAAACCAAUUUAAAUCA